AUGUCGAAUGAUAGUGUAAAAGUUGAAUCCAAAUCUGAUGAUGAAAACCUGCUAAAAAUCGAAACUGAACAACGUAAAGAGGUGAUUGGUAAAGAAGAAUCGAGAGCUCAAGUUACAGUUAGGGUUAGUUCGUUUCGGCUUUUGCACCAUCGGUUAUCCUUUCUUGUUCGGCUAGAUAUAAAAGAAAGUAAGAAUGAAAUAACGGUUCAGCACCUAGUAAUCACCAAGCUGGUUGUUGAGGGAGUCAAAGAUUGGAUAAAUACCCAUUAUUCCUCAAUUGCAGUUAACAAUAGGUCGCAUGUCGAGAUUGAGUUAAAAUUUGGUCAAAUUGUUGAUAAAUAUACCAGAGUUCGGCUAUACGGGGGCAUGAGGGAUUCUCGUAUUGUCCGAAAGUCCUGGCAUUUUCACUUCCAGAUGGAAGUUGAUGAUUCAGCAUUCGAAAAAGCCAAAGAAUUCCUCAUUCACUUGCAAAAGGAGUCUAAUGAAAAGUUCAAGUCUUCCAUUCAUGAUUCAACUGAUUCGAUGUAUCAGUUACCUGAAAAGAGGGUGACGGUAUCCAAAGAUAGUUCAGGUAAAUUGGAAUAUAUUAGUAAGAAUAGGAUUUCAGAUUUAUAUAUUGUCAAUCCUUCCUCGAAAUAUGAUUUCAGAUUAUCCAUGUCUUUAAAACUUCCCCUUGAAAAGACUAUUGAUGUUUCCGGCAGUAUUCCGGAAUAUGAAAGAAUUAAAAGGAGACGUACAUGGGUUCAAAAGGAUCUUGAGUUUGAAUUAACGACCGUAACCACUCCGAGACAAUAUAGGGGCCCAUAUGAUACCAAAGCUACUAUAUCAGAAUGUGAAAUGGUACUUUAUCCUGCUAUUGUUUUUAGGAUCUUCGAUAAGCCAAAUGGAGCUUUUCGUGAGGGUGUUGAUGAUUUAGUUACCUCAAUGAGCAAGGUUAAAAUAGAUGCCGGGCACGAAGGAGCUCAAUCGCCUGAACAGCUUGAGGUAUUGGUUGAUAAAUUUAUGCGGAACGCUAGAUUGCUUAACGACGUCAUGAGUGAUUAG